GAGCUCGCCGCCUCCUCAGAGGCCGGUGCCGGCGGAGCUGCCUGCGCUCCCCGGUGGCUAAAGCCGCUCGGGAGACAACUUUUCCCUUGGAGAGGGAGCAGUUCGGAGCCGCGUGUCUGUGGCGAGGCUGGGUCAUCGUAAGCCCUGGCGGGCCGGUGUGCCAGAGCCUCUGAAAUUACCUGUGCUAACGCGGCUGGGAAAGGGGAAUCCUCCUGCAGACUGCAUUUCUGAGUGGGAGGAAAAAAAGUUAAUCUGUGGCAAUGAUAGAUCCUUUAGAGAACAAUUUGUUUGAUCUUCCUGAUUAUGAGAAUACAGAAGAUGAAAUUUUUCCACCUCUUCCACCUCCUACCUCUCCAGGAAAAGAUGCUGACUGGGCUCUAGCUAAUGGAGAACCAGAUGGUAACCAGCAGUCACAAACAAAGGAUUCUUCCGUGACUAUACGGAAAUCUGUUAGAAGACCAAUACCUAAACUAGAUGCCCAAAGAUUAGUUUCUGAAAGAGGACUUCCUGCCUUAAGACACAUAUUUGACAACACAAAAUUCAAGGGUAAGGGGCAUGAGGCAGAAGACCUGAAGACACUUAUACGACAUAUGGAACAUUGGGCCCAUAGAUUAUUUCCAAAAUUGCAAUUUGAUGAUUUUAUUGACAGAGUAGAGUCUUUGGGAAACAAAAAGGAAGUUCAGACCUGUCUAAAGCGAAUUAGACUUGAUCUUCCUAUUUUGCAUGAAGACUUCAAAAAUAAUGAAGAUGGUGGAGGGGAAAGCAAUGGACUAGAUAUAGGCACUGAAGACAUGCAUCCCUGCUCUGGGAAUCUAAGAGAAGAACUGGAUUCUCCCUCUGGUACAACUCUCACGGAGGAGCAACAACAGCGAAUCAAAAGGAACAGGCAACUAGCCUUGGAACGCAGACAAGCAAAGAUGCAGUGUAACAGCCAGUCACAACAAAGUGUAGAGCUUUCUGCUAGUUACCCAGAAGAGGAGGUGUUUAAUACUGCAGCUGCUCAGAAUCUGGCUGACCUUACGGAAGACACUCAAGUUACUGCAACCAAGUUUGCUGUUGCAGAUGCUGAGGACAGAGAUACAGAAUUGGAAUAUGCCAGAGAAAAGCAAUAGCCUUUCCAUGUACUUUGAAUGACUUUAAGACAAAGAUCCCAACAUUGUAAGUUCUAUCAUUAUAUGCAGAUGUCACCAGCUCUUUCCACUCUGACUCUGGAAGCUGCAUGGAAGUUGAUGUCUGCACAGGUGGACAGAACUUCAUUUUCUUGUGUGAAAACGAGCAACUCCAUCCAUUGGGAAACAGAAGAGAAAUAGAUUUGAGACAGUUGAUCUUCUUCGGUAGUGACAUUCUUUAGGAAAUGUUACUGUUACCUUUUCUGACCUUUUCUGAUUUUUUUUUUAAUUAUUGAUAUAAAAGUGAAUUAGCUGGGGUGUUGGUAGAUCAGGUUUAUAUUCAAGGUUUUAAAAUAGAGGAUGGUACUAUGUAUGAACCAGAUGUCCUGCAUUUUGUAAUUCACUUAUCAAAUACCUGUAUCUUGUUCUUAUAAAAUGGAAGCUAUUAAAUUUCAGAACUCAAACCUGAAAA